AGUAAACAUCUGCUCGUCAUAGAAUAUAAAACGCUGGUAAACAUGUCUUAUUUAGGCAACACUUCGGAUUUAGAGAGCGAAAAGAUGGAUUUCGGUAGAAAUCGUAAAACAAACAUUGUUUCAAAACUACAAGCGCAUAAAAUAUCUAGUGAACCAAAAUGGUCAAAUAAACACGAAGAUGAUUCCGACUCAGUAUCUACAAAUGAAAACUUUUUAACUAAAGGUGCAUUUCUCCUAACGCCAUCUUAUGAAUUGUCAAUGGAACGUGCUGCAUUAAUAUGUGAAAAGAUGAGUUUUAAAGGAUGCUUUAGUUUAACGAAAACAGCAAGUGGAAUUCUUUUCAAGUUCUCACAUCCAGACGACUAUCAAGCAGUUUACAAAAAGGGAUUUCACAAAGUUACAGGAGCCAGAUUUUAUCGAAAAAUUGCUAUACCUUGCCGUCCAAGGAAAACUUUUACACUUUACGUCUUAGAUGUUCCCGAAGAUUUGCCGGUAGAAGAUAUACGACAUGCAUUGUAUAAAUUUGAUUCUGUUGUGGAGGUAGUUCGACUACACAAAUACCAGCAUCCAACUCCCAUACAUUUCCCGGAAAAAAAUGUAGAUGCAUCACCCGCUCCAAAGUCAGAUGGAACUGAUAAAACUGAUCGCGUCGAAAAGAAAGAAUUGCCUCCUGCUGUUAUACGCGUAACACUUGCUUCACUUGAUGAGUAUAAUAUACUAUUACAAAAUGGCCUUAAUUUUUACGAUGCUACUUUUUUCCCAACGGAGACAAAUAUUUCAUUGAAAGGGGCUAAAAUAGAAUAUAAGAGAAGAAUGUUAGAUGGAAGUAUUCCUGGUCGUGUACGUGAACUACUCCCUGUUUUUGACGCGGCGGGGUUUUGUAAGUUGACACCACCCAUUAGUAAACUAAUUAAACCACCAAGAACAUAAAUAUACCAAAAACAAUCAUCAAUAAACUCCAUAUACAGAUGCCAAACAUACUACAUAGUUCGGUGAAUAUAUAUGAUAACAGAAAACAUUCUAUUUUGAGGGGUAGACAAAAGGCUUUUCUAUGUCAGUCUAUAUCAAACAAAUUAUUAUUGUAAUAAGACAUAACAAUUAAGCAAACGGAUACAUUUUUUAUAUUAACCUAUUAAUAAGAAACGAAAUAAAUUUAAUAUAAAUUGUCCAUAUUAUUUUUUUUUUUAAUUCCGAAAAAUAAAUUCAUAACUCAAGAGAUUUAAGAGAGAUCUAAUUGAAAUAACAUGA